AUUUUUAUGUUUUGAUCGAGUAGGUACUACUGAAAAGAACGGCAGCCGUGAUAGAGUUAAGUCGCUAAAGUUGAGCAAGGUUCAUUGCACUGCCUCCGGUUCGUUCUACUCAUAGCGUAUCGAGACAUUUUGUUAAUGUUAUUCUGAGUUUAACCAAAUUAUAUUAAUUUGUUAGUUAAACCUGCAUUAAAGAUGAUUAAUACUGGUAAAUUAGCCGGUCGGACUAUCUUCAUCACCGGUGCCUCCAGAGGAAUCGGUAAAGCUAUCGCCCUCAAGGCGGCCCAGGAUGGUGCCAACAUAGUGGUGGCGGCCAAGACGGCCGAGCCUCAUCCGAAGCUGCCGGGAACCAUCUACACGGCAGCAGCCGAGAUCGAAGCGGCCGGCGGAAAGGCCCUCCCGUGCGUGGUAGAUGUCCGGGACGAGGGAGCUGUUCGGGCGGCCAUCAAGAGUGCGGUCGACAAGUUCGGCGGAAUCGACAUCCUGGUCAAUAACGCUAGCGCCAUUUCGCUCACGCCUACGGAGCAAACGGACAUGAAGCGCUACGAUCUGAUGCAUCACAUCAACACCCGCGGGACGUUUUUGGUUUCCAAGGAGUGCAUUCAGUACCUGAAGAAGAGCAACCAUGCACAUAUCCUCAACAUUUCACCUCCGCUGAACUUGAAUCCUAUUUGGUUUGGUAACCACGUGGCUUAUACCAUGGCCAAGUACGGAAUGUCAAUGUGUGUCUUGGGAAUGUCAAAGGAGUUCAAAGGGGACAACAUCGCGGUCAAUGCACUGUGGCCUCGCACUGCCAUCUACACUGCGGCCAUGGAGAUGUUGACUGGAAAAGAAAGUGACCAGUUUUCUCGGAAACCGGAAAUUAUGAGCGAUGCAGCUUAUGCGAUUCUGAGCAAAGAACCAAAAAAUUGCACUGGAAACUUUUACAUCGACGAUGAAGUUCUGAAGGCGGAGGGAGUUGUUGAUCUGAAGCAAUACGCCUGCGUCCCGGAGAACGCCGACAAGCUUAUGCCGGACUUCUUCCUGGAUGUUCCACCAGAGAAGUUGGUGGAAUUCGCGUCGGAAGGAAGCCACGCAGCCUCACUGAAGAAGCCAGCUGCUGCCGCUGGUAAAAUCGAAGGUCUAUUUCAGAAGAUCGAAUCGCUUCUAAGCGAAGAGAUCGUGAAAAAGACCGGCGCAGUUUACGAGUUCAACGUCAAGGGUGAGGAAGCUGGCGUGUGGUUUGCGGAUUUGAAGUCCGGCAUCGGCAAGGUGGGCAAGGGAAAGCCACCGACCAGUGCCGACGCAACGCUCACUAUGGACUCCAAACACUUCUUCGAUAUGUUUAGCGGCAAGUUGAAGCCAGCCAGUGCAUUCAUGACCGGGAAGCUGAAGAUCUCGGGGGAUCUCCAGAAAGCAAUGAAGCUCGAAAAACUCAUGGGUGGACUGAAGUCCAAGCUGUAAACGGUUGUGGUAUUGUUUUUAUUUUAUUUCUGUUGAAGGUUAACAGUGUGCAUGAAAUUGAUCAAUAAAUAAUAUGUAUAAUGUAAA